AUGUAUUUUGAGCGGAUGCUGCAAAACUUCGACAUGGGCCCCGCCACCGUCUUUGAGAGUGAACGCUACUACCAGGCUCCUUCGCAACCGAAAGCUGAGACGCUGUCCAGCUCUCCUGUCUCUCAGCCGAUCAGCCCCGUGUCGGUGGAAUCCGAAUCCAGCUGCUCGAGCCCGGAGGCCAAACCUUCGGCUGGGGAAGCUCGUGUCCGCAGACCGCUGAAUGCCUUCAUCAUCUGGACCAAAGAGGAGCGGAGACGUCUGGCGCAGCUCAAUCCUGAGCUUGAGAAUACGGACCUUAGCAAAAUCCUUGGUAAGACCUGGAAAGCUAUGUCCCUUGCUGAGAAAAGGCCCUACAUGCAGGAGGCAGAGAGGCUGAGGGUGCAGCACACCAUUGAUCACCCCAAUUACAAAUAUCGGCCCCGUCGCCGCAAGCAGCUCCGCAAGACUGCCAGGCCAGCCCCUUGUGACAAGCUCUUGCCCAGUGACAGUCCUGUGGUCAGGUCUUACAGCACGCCAUACAACCUCAGCUACUUGCUCCAGAACCCCCCAGCACAACAUGGCUUCACACACACAGCUUCUUACUCUAACACACACUACAUGGCUUCAUACCCCAACACCUACCCUGUCGCCUACUCAAACACUAGCAGCACACCGUAUUCCUAUGGAGGUCUGGUCCCAGAUGGCACCACAACCCCGAAUCCACCGGCCUACAUGAGCACAGUGCCGUAUCCUGAGGACUAUUACCCGGCCCAGCCAGCAGUGGCGCACCAGGGGCCUCAGGAGCAGGCUGACCAGCGGAGAAGCUGCAGCUGCUCACUGUGCAGUGGAGGGCUCUCUCUAGAGUUCUACCUGGAGCAGGUGAGACUGGACAUGCUGGAUGAGCUGGACCGCAGUGAGUUUGAACAGUACCUCAACCCAGCGAAGCCAAAAGACUAA